CUUGUUACAGCGCCAGCCGCCAUCGUGCCAGUGUGAUUGGUACCUCAGUACAAGGCGUUAUUCCGUAAAAUACAAUAGGUGUUUUAAUUAUAUUUUAGCUUACUAAUUAACGUUAAUUAGUAAUUAAAUGUCAAGUCCAGAAGAGUGCAAACUUAAGGGUGGACAUCCUCCUGCAGUAAAAGCAGGCGGAAUGAGAAUCACCCAACACAAAACACCGAAAGAAGAUCGGGAAAUAAAACCACUUAAGGAUGUGGAUGAAAGUAAACCAUCGAGUAGUCCACCUAAAACUCUGAUGAUUAGUGGAGUUCCUGCAAAAGGAAAUGCAGACUUUCCUCCAGAAGCUGUACAAGUCUUCCAUGAAAAACCUGUACCAACUCAUGAUGCACGUCCAGCUCAUUGUACACGUCCCAUCAUUAUUCACCAGCCAAGGAAGUGAAUGAUGUGCUUAUUGUUUACCAAAUAUAGGCUAUUGGAAAAAAAUAGCCUAUAUACUUAUUCAUUGAAUAAAAAAAAAAAAAGGAAAAAAAAAAGAAAGAAUGAAUGAUAAUAAAUAUCUAUAUGUGUACUUAAAAGUUUCUUGGGAUAUAGACUUUAUGUAUUUGCAAAUUUCUAAACAUAUUGUUCUUCAUCCAAGAAGCUUUGAUUUCAUACGAUAUGAAACAGAGUACCUCACGAGAGUUUAUUACUGUUAUUAAAAAAAAAAAAAAAGAA